AUUUUCUUAUGAAAACCUUAAACAUUGAAUUCUGAGAAUUCUAGGGUUAGGCCGCAACAUCUGUGUGGUACUGUUGUGUUUCAGGUGUUGCAUAAUGGAGUCAAAUGAGGCACACUCAUCCAUGGAAGUUGAAAAAGUCCCAUCAGAAGGGAAAGUUUUGCCACCAAAGCCAAAGUUUGAGGCUUUGAAACCUCAUGAGAUGUCUGAUGGUCAGGUUCAGUUCCGCAAGGUGAAUGUUCCACCUCAUCGAUAUACCCCUCUCAAGAAAGCUUGGAUGGAUAUCUAUAAUCCCAUUUAUGAACAAAUGAAAAUUGAUGUGCGUAUGAAUCUGAAGGCUCGUAGAGUUGAGCUGAAGACAAGGGCUGAUACACCUGAUAUCAGUAACCUGCAAAAGUGUGCUGAUUUUGUCCAUGCUUUCAUGCUGGGUUUUGAUGUCAUAGAUGCCAUUGCUCUUCUGCGUCUGGAUGAACUCUACGUUGAGUCCUUUGAGAUCAAGGAUGUUAAAACACUUCGAGGGGAUCACUUGUCUCGAGCAAUUGGGAGGUUGUCUGGUAAAGGUGGUAAAACAAAGUUUGCAAUUGAGAACGCUUCAAAGACUAGAAUCGUGAUUGCUGACACCAAAAUUCACAUAUUGGGAUCUUUUGCCAACAUAAAGAUUGCCAGGGAUUCUCUUUGUAGCCUGAUUCUUGGAUCACCAGCAGGAAAAGUGUAUUCCAAACUAAGAGCAGUUACUGCUAGAUUGGCUGAAAGGUUUUGAUCUUUUUCUACUUCUGCCAUUGAUGAUUUAUUGUGUGUGAAAUUCAAAUCAUUGUUGUGAAUGUAGAGCAUUAAUGUGAAAAGGAAGUUUUGAUCGAGACAGUGAAGACAUUAGAUGUGAUAGAGUUCAUUUUUGUAGUUUCUUUUCUACUUUCAUGACAGAAAGUUAAUGAAAUGAUAAAUAGGUUAUUUCUUAUUCAA